GCAACGCUGUUCCUUUCUCUUCUCUGUUUCUCCCAUUCCUCUCAGUAGUCAGAGCAAUAUGUACAAAAUAGGAAAUGUUGUGGGAAAAGUUCUUAAGCUCGUAUAUGGGCGUUGCUUCUUCGAUCCCACCACCGAGGAUGUCGUCUCCGUCCCCGCCGUGGAAGUUCCAGCUCUUGUCAUUGAUCUCUCUCGCUUUGAAACCACCUCUCAGGUUCCUGAAGGGCUCAGUAAGAAAGUUGUGGCAUCCAAGAGGGUUCAGGCUGAAUGGUACAGAAAGCUGUUAGAGGCAUGGAAAGAUGCAACACCCCCACCAAAAACAAGAGAAGAAGCUGCUAGGCUUGUCAUCCAGACCUUGGAGGGGAAUCAACUGGCAGAUGUUGAGGGAAUAUUGGCAUUCUAUGGUCUUCCCCUUCCUGCAGCUGAAAUUCCAACAUCAUUACCUGAAGGAGUUCAGUUUGAGCUGCAUACAUUAGCUGUGGAUGCAAAAGAUGUUGGGGAUGGGGAUGGGAUGACAGUUUACGUGAGUAUGGAUCAAAAAACCAUCCCUAUACAGGUAAGACUGGCAGUUGAUCAGAGAUCAAAGAUGCGUGCCCAGGGGAAAUAUAAAAAGGCAGAAUUACUUCACCGGCAGAUUAGUAAUGCAGGAUACAGAAUCAUUAAUCAUCAAGAUGAAGAGAUCCUUGCUCAAAAGCAUCGCAUUCGUCUAAGGGGUAUAGAUGCACCGGAGUUGUCGAUGCCAUAUGGUAAUGAGGCAAAAGACGAGCUGGUUAAGCUUGUUCAGGACAAGUGUCUGAGAUUGCUGGUCUAUGGGCUAGAUCAAUAUGCCCGCAUUGUUGCUGAUGUAUACUGCGAUGACAUAUUUGUGCAGGAAAAAAUGCUUAAGAGAGGAUUUGCUUGGCAUUACAAAUUAUAUGAUCAACGCCUGGAAUUCGAUACUUGGGAAAAGGAGGCUCGAGGAAAACAAGUUGGCUUGUGGGCUUCUCCAGACCCUGAGGAGCCAUGGGAAUGGAAGAAAAGGAAUAGACGAGAAGGCAGUUAAUAUUAUCCUGAUGGAAGAUAAAUAAUAGCAGAACAAAUGGAGAGCAAGGAAAAGUGGCCUCAUUUGUAAAAAUUGAAAAUUAGUGUUGUAAAGUAUGCACUAACAAAGUACUUAAAGUAAUGUAUGGAUUUAUCUCUUAUGAGAUAUCAAAGUGGAUAUGAUCUUGAGUUUCGGUUUUAAAUAUAUCAAAUUUAAAUUU